UAAAUAUAUAUAGUUUCCUUUUAUGCAAUAGAGAAAAAAUAACAAUGUUCCCAAUUGACGUAACUUCCCAUAAUCAUCCAUACAAUUAACUUGGUUCUCUCUACCUUAUAAAUAAACAUCUCUUGACUAGUUUCAGCAAUUACAAAGACAUGAAUCAUCGUCUUUCCGGAAUAAUCAGCCCACUUAAUCACAUCACCAGUGAUCCUAUUCGAUCCUCCCUCAAGCCUCCCUUACCGGUUUACUGCAAAACCACAAUCGACCAUUUAAAAUCUCUGACCGGUCUCGAUGUUGCACCUGGCCUCACCAAUCAAGAUAUCUCAGCCGUUGAAUCUUCUCUUGGUUUCUCCUUCCCCGUUGAUCUCCGCUCGAUUCUUCAGACGGGUCUUCCCGUGGGUACCCAUUUCCCCAACUGGCGAUCCGGGUCGACCCGGAUUAAUCUCCUCCUCAUCGUCAGCCUCCCACUUCUUCAUAUAUCCAAAAUCGUCGUGAGAAACGGAUUCUGGGUUGAUUCUUGGGGGACCCGACCCGGAUCCGACGCGGAGGCUUUAUCUCUGGUUAAUAAAUUGAUGGAGUUUGCACCGGUUCUCGUCCCGGUUUACCAAAAUUUCUACGUCCCUUCGACGACGCCGAAUUUGGCGGGAAAUCCUGUGUUUCAAAUCGACGGCGACGGGGUUAGGGUUCUGAACUGCGACGUCGCGGGGUUUCUCCAGGGACUCGAUCGACCAGACGGUCACCGGGGGUCCGGUGAAUCACGACGACGGCGAAGAGUGGAGUUUUGGACUGACGUGGCGGAGAGAGGGAAGGUUGCGAUAGCGCGUGGUCCAACGUGCGGAUGGUGGAGCGCGUUGAGUUGUGAUGAGAAGUUAAGGGGGUGUUUGGACGACGCGUAUUGGAAGCUGAGAGAAGCAGGGUGGAGGGAAGAUGAGGUUCGGGAGAUGAUGAUGAUGGACGGAUUAGAUGGAGACACGUGUACGUGUACGCAAGCGUUUUUUUCGACGGUGCAUGAAACGGUCAAGGUGUGCGCGUUUGGUGUAGAUGGAGACACGUGUGAGGAGGACGUAGAACGUCGGAAAGGCGGAGAGGUAACGACGUUGAGGCAUCUGCUUAAUACUCAAGAGCCGUGAGUUUAUAUAUAACCGUUGGAUCAGCUAAAAUGGUCUGUUGAAAUAUACUAUAUUGUUAUUAUGUAGUUGGUAAACUGUAUAUGGUUUUAGAACUUUAGAUGAACACUAGCGUUACCGACUGUGCUACGCACUGGUCAUUUUAAUUUGAUUUAAAAUGUAAUCGUCUAGUCUUAAUCAAUUAUUUAGGGUAAUAAACUAACUUCUGUUCGAAAUUUUGUGACCAUGAAUAUACAUAUUGUCUUCUCGGUUAUAAACUUAUAAUUAAAUGUU